CAGCAGCAUCACGCGCUCCGUUCACUCAGAAGUGUGUGGAGCUCGAGUCCGCGACCCUCGGGCUCAGGCAUGCGUGGACCACCAGAGUAAAUGGCGUCUUUUAAAACGGAUUUAUUCCAGCGUCUGCUGUUUCUGGCAGUGUUUCUCUCAGUCUCAGGUGUGAGGAGUUUUAGUGAGCUGUUUUUUAUAAAGGAGCCCCAUGAUGUGACCGUAUUGAGGAGGGAUGCUGUGGUUUUGGACUGUCAGGCCCACGGCGAGGCUCCCAUCGGGAUCCGGUGGCUGAAGAACGCAGCGGUGCUCACAGAGUCAGAGCGGGUUUACCUGCUCACCAACGGCUCUCUGUUCAUCUCAGAGGCGGACAGUCGUAAGGACAAAUCAGAUGAAGGCUUCUACCAGUGCCUUGCCCAGAACAAAUAUGGAUCUAUUCUCAGCCAAAGAGCCCGCUUGACUAUCGCAGGUUUAUCCACCUUCACUCAGCAGCCGGCAUCAAUCACGGUUACUGAGGGAUCAGUCGCUCGAUUCACCUGUAAGAUCCCGGCCACGCCCCCUCCAAUCAUCACCUGGGAGUUCAACAGAGUCACUUUACCACUGGCCACUGAGAGAAUCACAGUGCUUCCCAGCGGCGUUUUACAAAUUCAGGGAGUUGAACAGGCCGAUGCUGGGAGUUACCGCUGUGUGGCGACUAACAUCGCCAGUCGACGCAGGAGCUCCGAGGCCGUGCUAACCGUGAUGGCAGCUCCAUCUCCCAGAGUUCCUCAAAGACCUCGUAUCAUCGCCGCUCCACAGAAUCUGACCGUGACGCUUCACAGCACGGCUCUGCUGGAGUGCAUGGCGACCGGAAACCCUCGUCCGCUGAUCUCAUGGAGCCGCGCCGACCAUAAAUCCAUUGACGUUCACAAAACAAAGGUUCUCGGCAAUGGAAACCUGCUCAUAUCUGACGUGAAACCCCAGCACGCCGGGAUCUACUUUUGCCGUGCAACUACGCCAGGAACCAGAAACUACACGAUUGCCGCCGCUAAUAUAACCGUUUUAGCGGCGCCGUCUCUCGUGGAGUGGCCUGAAAGCGUGACCCGACCGAGGGCCGGUACCGCCCGCUUCACAUGUGUGGCCGAGGGAUUUCCAACCCCUCAGAUCACAUGGCUGAAGAACGGUGAACCUGUUCACUCGAACGGACGCAUCAAGAUGUAUAACAGUAAACUGGUGAUUAACCAGAUCAUUCCUGAAGAUGAUGGCAUAUACCAGUGCCAGGCGGAGAACGAGCAGGGUUCAGUUCUGGCCAUGGCUCGUCUGAUCGUAGUGAUGUCGGACAGCCGACCGAGCGCUCCCAGAAAUGUCCAUGCGGAGACCGUGUCCAGCUCAGCCAUCUUACUGGCCUGGGAGAGACCCGUGUACAACUCAGACAAAGUCAUCGCCUACUCUGUGCACUACAUGAAGGCAGAAGGUCUAAAUAACGAAGAGUACCAGAUUGUUAUCGGUAACGAUACCACACGCUACAUCAUUGAUGAGCUAGAGGCUGGACGGAACUACACUUUCUACAUCGUAGCGUACAUGCCCAUGGGUGCCAGCCGCAUGUCUGACCACGUCAUACAGCGGACACUCGAGGACGUCCCCUUGCGAGCUCCUGAGUUGAGCCUCACUAGCCGCAGUCCGUCUGAUAUCCAGGUGUCGUGGCAGCCUCUGUCUCAUAAGAUGAGCCGCGGUCGUGUGUCUGGGUACCGCCUCUCGUACAGGACCAGCACAGACGGGGCAGUGACACAGCUGGAGCUCUCAGGACACAAAACCCAUCGCCUCCUGGAGGGUCUUCAGCCCGACACCACGUACCUGCUCCGCAUCUCUGCAGCGACCAGCGUGGGAUGGGGAGAACCAUCGGCCUGGACGUCCCACAGGACACCGAAGGCCUCCAGCACUAAAGUGCCCCUUGCACCAGAGCUGCAGCUGGAGUCUCUGAACUGCACGACUGUGGUGUUGCGUUGGCAUCUCCCAGCGGGCAGCAGCGCUGGACUGCAGGGCUUCAAACUUUCCUACUAUGAAGAGAGCGAACAAGAAGGAACGCUGACCCAGAUUCCUCCUCACCAGCGCCAGCACACCAUUGGAGGCCUGGACCCCAGGAAGAAGUACCACGUCAAACUCUUGGCCUACAGUUUGAUGGGUGAAGGAUACCAGGCAGACCAGACCAUCAGCACACCAGGAUGUGUUUCGGUCCGAGAUCGUCUGGUCCCGCCCCCUCCGCCGCCUCAUCACGUUUACGCCCACAGUAACUCCUCCUCCUCUGUGUUACUGCAUUGGGCCCGACCCGCUUUCACCAGCGGACAGACGGUCAACUACACUGUGCGCUGUAACCCUGUGGGACUGCAGAACGCCUCGCUGGUGCUGUACCUGCAGACUGCUGCCCAGAGUCUGAUGGUCACUAAUUUGGACCCAAACACCAAUUAUGAGUUUGCAGUUCGUCUUCAUGUGGAUCAGCUGUCCAGUCCCUGGAGUCCUGUGGUUUACCAGACCACACUACCUGAAGCUCCCACUCGAGCUCCUGUAGGAGUGAAAGUCACUAUGAUUGAAGGAGACAUGGCGCUGGUGUCCUGGAAACCACCUGACGAGCUCAGCACGGCUGUGACACGCUACACCAUCCUGUACGCUUCACGCAGAGCAUGGGCGGCUGGAGAGUGGCAGAUCCUGCAGAGAGAAGGGAGCGUCACGAUGGCCCUGCUGGAGAAUCUUCAGUCCGGUCAGGUGUACCUGGUGAAGGUCUCAGCGUCCAAUCAGAUGGGAGACGGGCCGUUCUCACCUGCAGUAGAACUGAGCGUGCAUGCAGACACACACACCUCUCAAACACACGGCACAGUGUUUUCUGGUGGUUUCUAUCACCUGGAUCAGAGGUCAAUGACGGGGAUAGUGGUGGGGGUGUGUAUCGCUUUAACCUGCAUUAUCAUCUGCAUCCUCAUACUGGCCUGCAGGAGGAAAACCAGGAAAUCUUCCAAUAGCAAAUCCAUCAGACAAGCUGUAGAACAGACUCCGCCCACUUCUGUCCGUCUGGCCAAUCAGAGUCAAGCUGAGAGUGUGGAGGUGAUGAUGCCCAUGAUGAGGGAUCAUUUCAUCGACGCAAAGGGUGGAACAAAUCUGAUCAUUAACAGCUAUGGGCCAGUGAAGCCCACUGUUGAGAAGAAGAGAAGAAAGAGAUGGAACUUCUUCAAGAGGGAUAACAAGGAUGUGAAGAGGGUCUCCAGUCCUUCUUAUCCGUAUCUUCAUGGCACCACCCUGCUGUGUUAUACGGAAACCCCUCCUCAACACCCGCCGUCCUCUCUGCAGGGCCUGUUUGGGCCACCGGGGGGCGACAGCGAGGGCUCCCAUUCCAGCGAGGGCAGCCACGAGACAGGUGACUCGGGACGCUACUCUCACGAUGACAUCGAGGCGAACAACCUCUCUCUGGGUGUCAGUAGUCGCCCGUCCUCCCUGCAGGGAGAGGAGAGCGAAGCGUCGGCCGAAACGCCCACCCACGAGGUUACAGAGAAAGAGCUGCAUCACCACAUGAUCCCAAUGAUGCAAACAACACUUCAGGAACAGGAAAUGAUGGAGACACAUCCUGUUUAGCAAAAUAAUAAUGCGAAUGCCCUCUGGCGCCCCCUGCUGCCUAAACAAACUACUGAGCAGUGCUGGACGACCCGAGACGUCCACAUCGCCCUCUUUCUCGGUGAAUGUAUUUGUUUUUGUCCUUUUUUGUUGUUUUUUUAUAAACGAUUGUGUGUCUGAUAGAAACUAGAAUCUCACCCACCAUGAAUGUGUUAAAAAAAAAACGUCCAAAACGUGUGAUGUGAAUGUCACGCUUUCUGACGUAACCUCACAGAGAGACAACGGAAAACCUCUGUUGACUUCCUAAUCUACCUCAGUUUGUCUACUAAGUAUUUAAUAUCCCCUUAUACACUCGACAGCAUUAUUUUCACAUUAGUUUGUGUGUUUUUGUAUUUUUUCCCGUCCUGAGUCGGCGAGAUGCAGUUUGUCAUGAUACUGCUGAGUCACAGCCAAUCAGAACAAAGUGAUUGUUUAAUAUGCAGGACUUGGGACCAAUUGGAUGUCAGAGUGGGCGGAGCUACCCAGCUCAUUACAUUCUUGUCCUACCUCAGGCUCAUAAACGUUAAAUAACUUUCAGGUGAAUGUUUUACUCUGUGAUGUUUACGAAUGAUUUAUUUGCGACUCCACUUCAGGUCACGUUAGAUUUCUCAGGUUCGUCGUAUGAAUGUGUGUACUUUUGCUCUUAUAGUCCCUGUUUUAUACUACCUCAUUUACCUUUCAAUUUUUAGCAGUAGUCGUGUCUGAUUUUCUUUAUCUCAGGGAUCUUUUGAAAGCCAUGUGUUUUGUACAGUGACAUGGUGUGAUGGACAGGGUUUUUUCCGGGCGGUUGACCCGUACUGAAUGUAUGUGUGUGACCUCUGUCGUGGAGAUGGAUUUCUUUUUCCGUAGUUUAUUUCUUUUUUUGAGUACAAAGUAAACAAAAAUGCUGGGUGCUUCUUAGUUGGUCAAAACUGAUAGCUUUAAAUAAUGGCCUUAUAAUAACGUGUGAAGAGCUGCAGAUACACGAGCAAGAGAUUGAUUUGAUUGCAGUCCGAAAUAAUCAUCAAAUCUGAAUGAUACCUUUUUGCCUCCAAAGAUAUCUAUUUUUCUCGACAUACAGAAUAUGUACUACUGAGUACGCAUUUGAGUUACUUUAGUGCUUUGAAAUAGUUGAUGCUAAUUUAGAUUUAGGAUCAUGAGUGUAGCACUUGUCUUUCAGAUUAGUUUGGAGUUGUUUGUAGUUUCACGCAGCUCAAUGUGCAAAGUGACACACCAUCAUCUGCAGAGCUGCUUGCUCUUUCAUUUCUUCUUUCUGGUUUGCUGGUCUUUGGGAUGAUAAGAUGACAAUGAGAUUAUCUGUGAAUUAAACCAAAGAUGUUACACCCAGAGACCAGCGAACGUCUGUUCGGUUCGGAAAAAAAAGCUGCUUUUAAGAACACCUGCGACCAAAUGAGGUGGAGAUGAAAAAACAAGCAAAUAUUAAAAAUCUCAUGAAUAUCUUAUUACAUUUCACUCCAAAAUCAACAGAAAAAAAAAACAAGAAGUACAAUUUUGCAUAAAGAAAAUCAA